AUGGCGCAGAAGGAAAAAGCUCUCAGAGUGAAGCAAAUGGGGAAGUGUAAGGUGGUGUCGAGCAGCCGGAAUGAUCAAGCAGGGAAGCACAUCAUCAGGCCAGAGGAGGUGGUCUGUGAUGUCUGUGAUGAGCUGAAAGCUGUGAAGUUCUGUCUGAUCUGCACGCAGUCCUACUGUGAGACCCAUGUUAGGAAGCACUACACACUACCUAAACUACAGAGACACACCCUGGUGGAGGUGACUGGAGACUUGGAGGAGAGACUCUGUCAGGAACACCACAGAGCUCUGGAGGUGUUCUGCAGGACAGACCAGAAGCUGAUCUGCAGUCAGUGUGUAGUAACAGAACAUGAAGGACAUGAUGUAGUCUAUGAUGAGAUAAAACAAGCAGGAAGACAGACUUUUGAUAGAGAUCAAUGUCAAAGACUAAAGCUGGCCUCAGUUGACGAAGUACUGCCCCCUCCUGGUGAGAUCCAGUUCCUGUCAGUGACAUCAGACUCUGUGUCUCUGAGCUGGGGUUCUCCUGAGGGACUGACAGGAGCACAGAAUUUCAGUGUAACUUGGGGAUGUGAUGGGGAAGAGAGGAGCCUGAUGGUAGAAGAUGGGUGUAAUGUUGAAAUAGAUGGACUCCAGCCUGGUAAAAAGUAUCAGUUCAGUGUGGCUACAGAGGGAGAAGACGGCAGACAAAGCAGAUGGGUCUCAGCAUCUGUAUUUACUGUGGUCCCAGCACCCAGGGACUUACAAAUAAACCAGUCAGGAGCGACCUCCUUCACUGUCAGUUGGACCAAGGCUGAAGAAUUGGAGAAUGUCCCACAACGCUUUCUCAUAUCCUACUGCAGCCCGGGAUCAGAGACCCGAGCAGCCAAUACUGAGGACUCCUACAGAACUCUCUCUGGCCUGCUACCUGGUACUCAGUACACCAUCAGUGUCUCAACUGUGUUGAACAAUGGGAAACAGAGCAAACCUCUCUCUACAACCAUCUGUACAAGUAAGCCUCAUACCGACUCACUUCACUUCUGGGGGGCGGAAUUGGACAAAUCUGAACUAGACUGA